GAAAAAAAAAUUGGCUGUAAUUUACGAGAGGCUCCUCCACCACCACCACCACCACCACCACCUCCUCCUCGGACCUCCAUAGUUUUAUACCACGCAUCGCUCUCGAUCCGAUCGCAGCACCAUCCGUUCCAUCCGUCGACGACGACGACGACCGCCGCCGUCCGGCGAUCAUCCUCCGCCCCGGCCCCCGCCCCCGCCUCCGCCGACUCUCCCCGGGGCCGCAUUCUCCGGCUUUGAGGCGCGCGCGAUUCGUCCGCCGGGCGAUGGUCUGUCCGCGACGCGGGGGCCGCCGCAUUUCCCGAGCACGCGGUGUCCGCCGGUGGCCGGCCUGCUGAUCGGCGUCUCUUCUUUCUCCCCGCGGGAUACCGUUUCUCGAGGUCCUGACGAGUGUUCGCUAGAGUUUUCUCCGAGCGAGAGGAAGUUCUUCGUCGCGAGAUUCGGCGUCGGGAGUUUGGAAUAUCGUCAGCGGCUCGCCUUCGGGGUUUCCUCUCGGCGUCCUCGAGAAUGGACGACCUGUCUGCGAUCAGCGAGGAGCUGGCGGAGCUGGACGGGCAGAUCUCCGACAUCCUCCGAGCUCUAGCAAAUGGAUUCCAGAAACUUGAUAAGAUCAAGGAUGCCAACCGGCAGAGUAGACAAUUGGAAGAGCUUACCGAUAAAAUGCGUGAGUGUAAGAGGCUCAUUAAGGAGUUUGACAGAGAAAUAAAGGAUCUUGAGGGUAGAAAUGAUGCAGAAACCAGCAGAAUGCUGAAUGAGAAAAAGCAGUCAAUGAUAAAAGAGCUUAAUUCAUUUGUCGCCCUAAAAAAGAGAUACACAACAAAUCUAGAAAACAAACGAGUUGAUCUCUUUGAUGGGCCCAGUGAAGGAAUUGGUGAAGAUAAUGGUUUGCUCGCUUCAUCCAUGACAAAUCAACAGCUAAUGGACCAUGGAAACCAGAUGAUGGAUGAGACAGAUCAAGCCAUUGAGAGGUCCAAGAAGACUGUCCAAGAUACCGUCAAUGUCGGAACAGACACUGCAGCAGCUCUUAAGGCUCAGACUGAGCAAAUGAGCAGGAUUGUAAAUGAACUGGAUUCAAUUCAUUUUUCAAUCAAGAAAGCAUCUCAGCUGGUCAAGGAAAUUGGUAGGCAGGUUGCAACUGACAAAUGUAUUAUGGCGUUUCUCGUCCUCAUAGUCAUUGGCGUUAUAGCCAUCAUAAUUGUGAAAAUUGUUCACCCAAAUAACAAGGACAUCCGUGAUAUUCCGGGGUUGGCACCUCCUGCUCCUACUCGGAAACUACUUUGGGACCGAAAGGAAGAUAGAUGGUAACCGUCAUGUGGUAGAUCUCGUCAUCCACCCAGUUGUUUGAUGGCUGUGGCGCUGCAGGCUUCCCUUCCCCGUCCCGUCUGCUGAAUUCACGAGCAAUUUCUCUCGAGUAUUUCACUUGGAUUCUCUCGGCUUUUCAGGCUAUAUUCUUUUCAUUAGUUUUGCUCCCCAAAAAGAAUUGAGAGAUCUACUCAGGUGAUGGAUAUCUGUGCUCGUAAUUUUUCAGACACUCCUCACCUCAGGAUAGGAGUCACCGGGUUGCAUUCAUCUUUAUUUGUGAUGUGUAUUUGAACAAAAUGGUCCAGAGAGUUUGCUGCUUGCUUUCCUGUCUUUCUUCCCAGUAUAUUAAUUAUCAGGAUGUAACUAUGCGUUCGCGUUUCCGAAACGGCCAAUUUACAAUUAGAUCACAUUAUUUCCCUGA